UUUGCCAGGAAAGGCAAAACCCCCCGUCGACUCCCUCCCAAAAAAACAGCCAGCCAGAAAGACCCAGUUGGCGUUUACUGUCGUGUGCGACCCCUUGGUGGAGAAGACGAGGAAUGUUGUAUCGAAGUGAUCAGCAGCAACACCAUCCAGCUGCAUGCACCCGAAGGCUUCAAAACCAGCCGCAAUGGAGAAUACAAAGAGACACAGUACUCCUUCAAGAAAGUCUUCGGAGUAUCAGUAUCUCAAAUUGAGCUGUUUGAGAGUGUUGCCAAACCUCUUGUUGAUGACCUCAUCCAUGGAAGAAAUGGCCUUCUCUUUACAUAUGGGGUAACAGGAAGUGGGAAGACUUUCACUAUGACCGGAUCUCCAGGCCUUGGUGGACUUCUUCCUCGCUCUCUUGACAUGCUCUUCAACAGCAUCGGGGACUUCCAGGCCAAGAGAUAUGUAUUUAAGUCAGAUGACAGAAAUGGCAUCGAGGUCCAGAAUGACGUCGAUGCCCUCUUGGACCGUCAAAGGCGAGAUAAUGCGUGUCUUCCCAAAUUGUCCUCAUCCAGACAGAAGCUCGAUCCCGAGAUUGCUGACAUGAUUAAGAUGGCGGAAGCCUGUAAAGCCGACGACGUGGAUGAGGACAGCAGCUACAGCGUCUUUGUGUCCUACAUUGAAAUCUACAACAAUUACAUCUAUGAUCUUCUGGAGGAAAACACGGAAGAUGCAAUCAGGCCCAAGUGGAAUGCUGGAGGCACACCUGUGCGUCAGAACACUGAGUUCAUACCGCCGCAGUCUAGAAUUCUCCGAGAGGACCAGAACCACAACAUGUAUGUUGCCGGUUGUAUGGAGGUGGAAGUCAAAUCUGCUGAGGAGGCGUUUCAAGUGUUUUGGAAAGGUCAGAAAAAAAGGAAGGUGGCUAACACCCGUCUAAACAGAGAGUCCAGUCGCUCCCACAGUGUUUUCACCAUCAAGCUGGCACAGGCUCCUCUGGAUGCAGAUGGGGACACCAUCCUGCCGAAGAAUCAGGUGACAGUCAGUCAGCUGUGUUUGGUGGACUUGGCAGGGAGCGAGCGAACUGGGAGGACAGGAGCCGAGGGCACUCGUAUACGUGAAGCUGGAAACAUCAAUCAGUCUCUACUUACCCUGCGGACGUGUAUCGAGAUCCUCCGAGAGAACCAGAUGUGUGGCACAAACAGGAUGGUUCCCUACAGAGACUCCAAAGUCACCCACUUAUUCAAGAACUAUUUUGAUGGAGAAGGCAAAGUCAAGAUGAUUGUCUGCGUCAACCCAAAGGCUGGCGAUUACGAAGAAACCUUGCUGGUUAUGCGCUUUGCGGAGAUGACACAGGAAGUGGAAGUAGCACGGCCAAUAGACAGACCCAUCUGUGGCUUUACGCCAGGACGCCGACAUAGAAACCAGGCUUUCAAAGAUGAACUGUCUCGGAAAUUGGAGGAGCGUGGUGGUCCAAUGGACAUAGAUAUCCCCUCAGUUUUGAACCUUGCGAUGCACAGCCUUCCUCCAAUCCCCUCCACUGAGGUCGCAGAUGCUCACGAUGAUAUCACCUUGCCAAGAUUGAUUGAGGCACUGCAGAACAGACACAGGAUCAGACAAACCAUGUUAGAAGAUUACAACAAGUCAGCAAGCACCAUGAUGUCUCUCCUACAACAGCUUGACGGCAAUAUUAAUUCCAAAGAGAACUACAUUCAAGAACAGAACAACAAGCUCUUAGAAAAGGACAAGCACAUCCAAAACAACAAAGCAGAAAUUGACCGGCUGGAGAAAAAAGCAAAGAUGCUUGAACAUAAAAUUGACAUUCUUCAAAAAACGGCCCAAGUCUAUGAGGACGACAAGCGUUCGCUGCAGCAAGAGUUAGAAACCAGAGAGCAAAGGUUGCAAAGAGAGCAAUCUGAGAAGAGGCGCAUGGAGCAGCGCAUGCAAGGGGCCGUCACAGAUACUCAACACAAGUGGGAAAAAGAAUGUGAGCGGCGUGUGAACGCAAUGCAACAGGAGAUGCAGAACAAAUUGUGGGUGAAAGAUGAGAAGCUGAAGCAGCUCAAAGCCAUUGUGACUGAGGGCAAGACCCCAAGUCGCCCUGAGCCACCACCCCGUCGGACUCAACCCAAACCACCUCCCAAGGAGGAGCCUGUCCCCCUGCCCGCAAAGAGAUCUGCCUCACCCUCACCAACGCCUACCUCCACGCCGGUUCGGCCCUUGCACCGACGGUCCCGUUCAGCCGGCGGAGAAAAGUGGGUGGACCACAAGCCGUCCUCCAGCCUGGACUUGGGAACGGUGAUGCAGCCCAUCAUCCCGAAUGCCAUCAAAGUGUCCACCCCCAAUGAGAAGGUGCUGUCCAAGUGCGACCGAUAUGUGCUGACGCAUCAGGAAAUUGCCUCCGAUGGUGAAGUAAAGACCCAACUUAUUAAGGGUGACGUGAUGAAGACCAGAGGAGGAGGCCAGGCUGUCCAAUUCACUGACAUUGAGACAUUGAAGCAACAACUCACAACAAUUGAAUGUCGUAAGAGGAAAUCUUCAGAAGGAGAGGGUGGAGACCAAGAAGUCGCUUUGACCGAUGUAGAGAAAAGGUGUGCUGUUGCUAUGGAGAUGAGGGCUGGCUCCACUAUGGGACCUGGUGUUGAGCAUCAUUGUGUCACCAAGUAA